AUGGUUUUCAUCUUCCAUGGAUCGUGUUAUUCCGAUGAAGCUGGACGCUAUACAUUUAUGAAAGAUGCAACACUAGCACCAACUUAUGCUAGCUUUGACUACAUAAUCAUCGGAGGAGGAACCUCAGCAACGCUCUCUCAAAACGCCAGCGUUUUGCUUCUUGAACGCGGCGGCUCUCCCUAUGACAAUCCAACGGCCAUGGACAUCGGAAACUUCGAUGGGUACGUGGAGGAAGCCGAAUGGGAGAUCGAUGAAGAGUGGGUCGAGAAGAAACUUGUGUUCGAGCCACGUUUGAUGGGAUGGCAAACGGCGUUUGUAGAUGGGCUUUUGGAGGCUGGCUUGAGUCCGUAUAACGGUUUCACUUACGAUCAUAUCUACGGGACGAAGAUCGGUGGUACGAUCAUUGACGGCGCCGAGUAUGCUAAUCCCAAUAAUCUGGUUGUAUACUUGCACGCUUCUGUCCAUAAGAUCCUCUUCACCACAACAGGGUCAGGGAUAAAUGUGGAUUCAGAUAUUCUCCAACAGGGUUGA